CGACGGUCGCAUGCGUGGAUCGUGCUGUGAAAUUUCAUAAACAUUACGCGGUAUCUUCUUCCGAUUUUAAAUAACCGUAUCGUGCAAAAUAAUUUAGUUUUCGAUCACAGUGUGAAGUGCUCGCAAGGAUUUCCUGCAAAAUAUAAAACUUAAAUCUUAUUGGAGUGAACCCGAAGCCGGUCGACGGCUAGAAACGAUUCGUUUCGGUUUCGACGCCGUGGAGACUAGUGGAUGUAAAUGUAAUAGCGUUAGAUAGUUUUAGUGCGGGGCAAAAGUGCAGUGUUGGAGGAGCGUAGGAUGUCCGUCGGCAGUCGAAGAUCCGAGGGCGUGUGACACGCUCUUCGACAUGAGACGCCGCUGGUCUAACAACGGAGGCUUCCCGCUGCGUAUGCUCGAAGAGAGCUCCUCAGAAGUGACCUCGUCAUCGGCUCUAGGUCUGCAAGCGGCUAUGGUGAUGUCGCCGGAGUCCCUCGCGUCGCCAGAGUACGGUGGGCUGGAGCUCUGGGGCUACGACGACGGCAUGACGUAUAACACAGCGCAAACGCUGCUCGGCAACGCUGCGUGCACAAUGCAGCAGCAACAGCAGCCGACGCAGCCGCUGCCGUCUAUGCCGCUGCCGAUGCCUCCCACGACACCCAAAUCCGAGAACGAAUCUAUAUCAUCAGGCCGCGAAGAGCUAUCACCAGCUUCAAGCGUGAACGGCUGCAGUACAGAUGGCGAGGCGCGGCGGCAGAAGAAAGGCCCGGCGCCUCGACAGCAGGAAGAAUUGUGCCUUGUUUGCGGCGACAGAGCCUCCGGAUACCAUUAUAACGCGCUAACAUGUGAAGGGUGUAAAGGUUUCUUCAGGCGGAGCGUCACUAAAAAUGCUGUGUACAUUUGCAAAUUCGGCCAUGCGUGCGAAAUGGAUAUGUACAUGCGGAGAAAAUGUCAAGAGUGCAGAUUAAAAAAAUGUCUCGCGGUCGGCAUGAGGCCAGAGUGUGUGGUGCCAGAGAACCAGUGCGCGAUCAAGAGGAAAGAGAAGAAGGCACAGAGAGAGAAAGAUAAACUGCCAGUCAGCACAACGACAGUAGACGACCACAUGCCGCCCAUAAUGCAAUGCGAUCCUCCGCCUCCUGAAGCCGCUAGAAUUCUGGAAUGUUUGCAGCACGAAGUGGUCCCGCGGUUCCUCUCAGAAAAGCUCCUGGAACAGAACAGGCUAAAGAAUAUCCCUCCUCUAACGCCCAACCAACAGUUCUUGAUCGCGAGGCUUGUUUGGUACCAAGAUGGAUACGACCAGCCUUCCGAGGAAGAUCUCAAAAGGGUUACCCAGACGUGGCAAGCAGAAACGGACGAUAAUGGCGAGGCGUCAGACUUGCCUUUCCGUCAGAUCACAGAGAUGACUAUCUUGACGGUUCAGUUGAUCGUCGAAUUCGCAAAAGGCCUACCAGGGUUCGCGAAGAUCUCUCAGCCUGAUCAAAUCACACUUUUAAAGGCGUGUUCGAGCGAGGUGAUGAUGCUGCGAGUAUCCCGGCGGUACGACAUGUCGACCGACAGCGUCAUGUUCGCGACCAAUCAGGCGUACACGCGCGAGAUCUACAACAAGGCGGGCUUCGGCUACGUCAUCGAGAACCUCUUGCACUUCUGCCGCUGCAUGUACGCCAUGUCCUGGGACAAUGUGCACUAUGCGUUGCUCACAGCUAUUGUUAUUUUCUCAGAUCGGCCCGGCCUCGAGAACCCACAGCUAGUCGAGGAGAUCCAGCGAUACUACCUGAACACGUUACGAGUGUACAUCCUCAAUCAGCAGAGCGGUUCCUCGCGGUGUCCUGUGAUGUACGGAAAGAUACUGACUAUCCUGUCGGAGUUGCGCUCGCUGGGGAUGCAGAACUCGAACAUGUGUAUCUCGCUUAAGCUCAAGAACAGGAAGCUGCCUCCGUUCCUGGAGGAGAUCUGGGACGUGGCUGAUGUGUCUUCGUCGCAGCCGCCCCCAGUGUUUGACCACCCGGCCGACCUCUAGCCCCUGCGUGCGCCCCGCAGCCCAAUACGCAUGCGCAGACCGCGCGCUCGCGUGACACCGCGCGGCCUCUAAGCUUUACUCACACGGGCUUUCGUUUCGCAUCUUCGUACUCUCCCACGUCGAUUUUUCAAUGCGGUCAGGCGAAAUGUCACAGUUACCAUUAUAUAUUAUUAUUUCUCCGAUAUUUAUGUUCAAACAUUUUUUUUUUUUUUUAGUUUAUUGAUUUUUUCAGCAAAUUGAAAACGAAGCGUGCAUAGAUUAUUUAUGUCGUAAAGUUCUAUUUUAUCGUAACAUAGUUAACGUUAUCAACGAAAAUGUUCAUUAUGCUAGUGUUUAAGGAAGAAAUUUUGUGUGGAAUAGUGGAUGUGACAAUUCGUUUUAGUAACGCUGCUAAGUCGACGAAGAGGACAGUAUAAAUGCAACUCCAUUAAAUAACUGGACUCGCUAGACCUAAACGCUUUCUAAGUAUUCUUGAAACGACAGCUUGUACACGUUUACAUGGUAAAAGUCAGACUGUCGUUUCGACAGCGCGAACGCGUCACUAGAAAGCGCUUUCGUUAGCUCCGUCUGAAGUUUCUUUUUUAAUGAAAUGAAAUCUUCGAUCAAUAAUAUACCACAUAACAUAUGCUAUCUACACGUCAAAAGUUGUCUACGAAAUGUAGGCAACUUUAGACGUGUAGAUUUUUAUUUGGUAAUCCAAUUUUCUUAGUAAAAAAAGGCAGUGUCUGUCCGAAAAAACUAAAAAAGGUAACGGAAUAUCUUAUUUUAAGCAAAAUCUAAAUUACUAUAAGCAACAUUCAGUAUUUUGAAAUAAUGAACGGCUGCUUUUUCUAUUAGAUUUUGUAUUGUUGACUGUGAAUCUAAUACAUUAUUGAUCGAAGGAUAUUAAUGGAGUCGUAAAUGUUGAACUCGCAUUUACUUUAGGAGUUCCGAACUUCGAUAGAUAAUAUAUUAAAUGUACUGCCAGUGUUAAAAAGUGUCAGUGAAAAAAGUUUUUACUUAGGAGAGCUUAAUGAGAGCCUAUUUUCGUUCGUUUGCUACUGAGCAAAUGAACUUAAGAGCAAAAGUGUAUUUUGCUUAACGCCCAACAGGGCAAUGAAAAAGUUAUACUAUUUUUUUUAUUUUUUAACAAAAACUGGACACAUUCUCUGCUCGACUUGUAAGGGUUUGUAAGGGGACAUAUCUAGAUAUCUAGUACAUUAUUGAUCGAAGUUCGCGAUGGUAAUUGAACAGUUGGUGUUAUAUGAUGUGGAAGCGGUACAGGGUGCGAGACGGGAGUCCGUGUGCGGAAAGCCCGCCCUCCGGAGAGAACGCUCAUAGACUGGCUAGUUUAAGUGAAGUGCACGGACACUCCUGAAGGACGUGAUCAAACUAUUUAUAAGGACAGUGAGUUUUACCACUUAACAAAGGUACCGCGGUACCUGAUCGUACGUAUUCGGUGACCGACCGCGAUGCGAGUAUAGUGAAUAUAUGUGCUGUUGAACGUUCCGAGAAUAUAUUUAGUGUUGAUAGUUUAGAUACGACUGGAUACCGAGUCGGUCGCUCGGAUACGACCGUAUGAUAAGACUAUAAGUACACCCUCCUAAAUUAUGCAUACGUACAUACGCUAUGAGAGUUAUAAAGAGAGAAAAAAAAGUAAUAUAUGAAGAGAUGUUUCUAUUGGGUGGUAAAAGUUGAUAGUUGUGUUUAUUUACCAAAAUUAACUGUACGUUGAUUGACAUUUUCGAUUUAUAUAUUAUAUGGAUAUAGUGCAGUUUGCCGACGAUCCGCGGGCCGCUAGCGCUCGGACGUUGUUGAUCGUAUGCGCACGUUGAUACGUGAUAUAAAACAUAUAUGCGCCCGAUAAAAAAAACGUGAUUUUUACGAAUAAUCAUUUAGGUUAUAAAAAUACAGCUAUAAUCCGACCGUUGAUAGAAUGUGUUUCUGAUGUCUGUCAGGUGGUAUUUUAGAACAAAAUUUGACAGAUUUCCUUAUAACACUGCAGUACGAAAUUUAAGUAAGUCAUCUAACAAUAUAGUUUUUGCGGCAAACAAACAAUACAAAUGUGUUUAUCGUAAAAACAACGCCACUUUUAAGUUACAUGGAUUCAAUCAUUCCCUGACAAUAACGUAAUGAUUUGGUAUGAAAGGUACCGAAAUCUUUACAUUCACACUCUCUGUUUUAAGUUAUGUCUAACUCGACAGUUUAGUUAAAAAAACUGUCUAAUUCUACUUCAUAUUAAAAAAAAUCAUUUCAAGGUCAGAGAAUCAGGGCCUAACUAAAUUUACCCUAUGUUGUAUUAUUUUACAGUUGUCGAAAUCUACGUAACAUAAUUCAUUUAAAAUUUCGUACGCAGUUAAGAUAUACCAUUUGUACUCCGGAUUUAAUUUGCGCUUGGUCUUUAUAUCACUUAUCAACGUCUGCUCCGUGUUUGUUUAUAUAUAGUUUAUGUCAGACGUGUUAUCGUGUCCUGUCGAUUUUAGUUCCGACUCAUGUUCCAUUGUCCUGUGCCCGCGUCCCCUCGAUUUAAUGAAUAAUUAUAAUUUAUUGCUGUGAUUACAUUAUACAUGUUGAAGUAUCUUAGGUAGGCUGAGAUAACGGUGUCUUAUUACAUUUAGAUGUUCUACUGCCACAGUAGCUUUCAUAAAAUCAUCGCCAGAGGGUGCGAUUGUGUAAGAACAUUGUAUUCAUUUGAUAGUUUUAAAAACACAAACAACAGCUUAUUCUAAAGUCAAAGUCAAAGUCAAAAAUAUCUCACUUUUGAUGCGUACUUGGCACAUGUAAAUGUGCCUGGGGUUUAUAAAUGGCAGAUGCUAUACGAAUUAGACUGUUAGGUAUAAGUUUAGUCGUAUUUUAUGACUUAUUAGUGAUGAAAGCGUUUAGUUACCUAAGUUGCAUAAAGAUAGAAUUUUGACGACAACCGGGGUCCCGGGUUUUAUCCCCGGCGGGGAAAAUUUGGGAAUUUAUAAUAUCUGAAUUUUCUCUAGUCUGGUAUAGUGGUAUCGUUCCGCAUACCCGUGCCGCCAGAGAUUAAGUUUUCCGACACGAUGUUGGGUAGAAACCUAUUAGGGGUAAUAUAACUGCCUCACUAACAGAUAAGCCCGCUAACAUCAUCAAUUAGACAUGUGAUUGCAGUCAAGGGCUAACUUGUAGUGGAAUAAUGUUGAUGUCAAAGAUGGCACUUGUGAUACGUACAUUAUAUGAAAUGAAUACUUAAAAACAAAAAGGCUUCAUUGAAUGGACAGUUUACCUUAAUACGAAUUUUUAUAUUACGAUCUACGAGCCUUACACAAUCGCCCUGCUGAUUCUCCUUUGAGUGUUUUUGAUAGUUGAUGUUGCAUGUACAUAUACAGGGUGAUUCAUUUUCUACUAUGAUCACACUGCCCUGAGUCGAUUUUACUUUAGACUAAUGCGGUCUCGUAAACAAAAUAUUGCUCCGGCGUUGGUUGUCAACUCGAAUGACGAUGCUCGUAAGGAGACGGUCUAAAUUUAUGGAGCGUUGGAGAGGUUGAUGAACACAUGUAAUUCAUAAGAAUAAUAAAAUAAACCAUUCACCACUGUACAGCUCCUCUAUUUCUUAGCAUCGAAGAUAUUAAUAAGUUAUGUGUCGAAGAAAUUCAAUAAUUAAAAUUAAUUUGUUGUUUUAUAUUACUGCUUGAUUUACGUCAACUGUUAUAUAAAUUAAUAAACAACAUAGUCGGUUAUGAUUUAUUGUAUGUAUCCUUUGGAUUUGAAGGUGGAAAACCUUUGGAUCGGCAGCAUAUUGGAAACUUGAAAAUUUAGUUUUUAAUUUUUUUUUUGGUAUGGUGUCAUAGCUCUAUACCCCUCUCUUGCAAGGAGGCCUGUGCCCCCAGCAGUGGGACAUUAAUAAGGCUGAUCAUGAAUUAAAGUGUUAACUAACCUCACCAACAAUGGACCGUCUCGUUUUGUAUGACUUUUCUAACUUAUUCUAAGAGUAGGAUAUGUGUAAUAUUUUUAUUUAUGGGACUCUUGAUGUUUGUUGUUGCCGGUCCGGUACGUCCGGUUCGUUUGUUACUGUACCGUAUCUUUCAAUCGGGAAUUAUACAGAUUUUCGUAUCGUGUCGUGCAAUGUGUCGUAGGUCGUCGUAUGCAAUAAUGUAUAGGUACAAACAAAAUAGACAAUUCGAAUCACAGUGUUGUUCAUAAAUUUAGUUGUGGGGGCAGAUUUGGAUCACCCCAGUUGAUUGUAUUGAUAAUGGUAACCAUCGAUCAACUAAUACUUAGAUACAACAUGGAUGCGUCAAAAACGGCCAGAGAAAAUUGUGCUUAAAAGCACGAUGACAGUGUCGUAUUUUGAACUUGUUAAACAUAUGGUUGGUUUUUGUAAAAUGUUCGUAGUGCAAUGUAAAUUAUCUAUAGCUUAUGUAGUUGAGUAUGGACGUAUUUCGGGAGUGCAUUUUUAAUUGUUGAUGUAUCUAUUGUUAUUUGAUCGAUGACUAAAACAUUAUAUUGCGCGCAUACCAGGCAGCUGUUAUUGUAGGCACCUACGAUGUUAGAGAUAUAGUCCCCAUACUCCGAUAUUAUUCUUUUAUCUGUCUUUCCUCUGUAAAUAUCUUUUGUCUCGUUUAAUGUUAAUAUUUAUUGUUCUAUUGUGCUCUAUGUACGUUUAUUAAAAGUGUGUACAAUCCAAAUUAAUGGCAGCUGAUUUGUAUCGAUACGUUUCUCUAUUGAACUACUUGGCCGAGCUUACGAUUAUGGGAACAAUAUUGGUAUAGACUUAAAGUAAUUGAUAUUAGACAUCAGUGGUGGCAUGGGGUCUCGACCUUUGUGAGCAUUACACAGGUAAAUAGGAUAUGUUUUUUACUACAAUACGAGUUAUAUAUAUUCUUAGUUGGUCGUGUUUUGUAAUUAUGUAUUAUGGUUUUAGGCAAACAUUUUUAACUCCCCAUAAAGUUUGGUACAGUAAAUAUACCAGGUCGUGGUUUCAAACGAUACACUUCGAUCGCUGGAGAUCUUGUAAAUAUUUUCACAGACGGUUUCGGGCCACAUAUCUUAACGGCUCCAUGCUACUUAAUUGAUAUCGUCUAUCUAACUAAAAGGGGUCUUCUGCGACGUCUAUCCAAGGCUACCUUUUUCAGUACAGGGUUGCCACCCCAACAUCUUAGGACCCCAACGUCUAUUCAUACUCCCCGCCCUUUACCUCUUAAGUUUCGAAACUUGUUGAGAUAUCUCUGUAACGCUUGUUCUUCUAAGUAAUCAAGUAAGGAAACGUGGUUCGAUUACCACAACUGGAAAAAUAUUUGUGUGAUGAACAUGAAUGUUUUUCAGUU